GUAUAUAGUUAUCUCCCCCUCCACAAGAGAGAGCACUGUCUGCUUUUGCCUCCAGGGUCGAUCUGUUGAACACAGAAUAUGGCUAUUAGGAUAGACAGGAUCGUGUUCUUGAUCAUUGCUGUGGCUUUACUAGAGGGAGCAACCUCAGAAACAAAAUACAAAGUUGGAGAUGAUUAUGGUUGGAGAAUUCCUGAUAAUGCAUCUUACUAUGAGAACUGGGUUCGUGGUAAGAAAUUUGAGGUUGGAGAUUCAUUAGAAUUCAACUGGACAGCCACACAUAAUGUCUUCGAGGUAACCACAAAGACCGAGUACGAUGCCUGUGAUAAAACAAAUGGAAUACGUAAAGAUACCAGUCCUGCAACCUUUGAUUUAACAGAAAAUGGAACAUAUUACUAUAUUUGCACCAUUGGAUCACACUGUAAUUUGGGUCAGAAGGUUACCAUUGUUGUUGGAAAUGGAAACUCAAGCUCUCUGCCAAAUAAUCAUGCUGCCUUAUCUGCAGUUCUAUCCACCAUUACCAUUGUUGCUGCCAGUCUAGUUCAUCUUUGUUCUUUCUUGUUGUACUAACAAUAUUGGUGGUUGGUGUCUAGUUUAAUUAUCCAUCUUAAUUAGCCUCUUCCGUUAUGUUUACUGAAUUUGGAUUUAUAGCUAGAAUAAGUGCAAGGUUUGUACUAUUUAUUAGCUAUCCAGUUUCAGAGCAUUUUCAUUGUACGAGGCGAUGUUUCGAAGUAGUGUAAUAACUUAUUUUGUAAAAUUAUAUUAAUAUUAAUAAGACUUACUGUUGUAAUAUUUUUUUAAAUAA